GCCGUUAUCUCCACAAUGACAAAUUUGUUGAUCAAAAUUUGAAAAUGGCGACUUGAAGCGUAUUUAGUCAGGGAUAAAACAUGGCGACGUUGUUCCUGAUAUGUGUCCUUGUAGCUGUGAUACCCAAAGUUCAACUACAAAAAUUAAAUCGAACACGCACCUUACCAAACCGACCACCCAACAUAUAUGUACAAGCGGAGAAAGAUAUUUACUAUAAGGUCGAUGAAAGUGUGGAAAUACAAUGUAUAGCUGGUGGAGUUCCCGCACCAAAAUAUAAUUGGACAAGAAAUGACAGACCUUUUGAUACUAGCGGUAACGAUAACAGAAUGGUUAUACUUCAAGACUCGGGAACUAUUGUAAUGAAUAAACCGAGACCAAAAGAUGAAGGAAUAUUCCAGUGUAAAGCUUACAAUCACUUAGGAGUAUCAACAUCAAUAAACAUUAAUUUCCGCCAAGCUAUGCUGAAGGAUUUCCCGUAUGGGAAGGACGAGACUGUCAGUGUUAUUCCUGGUCAUCCUUUUAAAUUACGCUGUACACCACCGACCAGCAUACCAAAGGCCAUAAUCUCGUGGCAUAUUAGAGAUCCGAGAACUCAGGCCACGACGGCUAUAAAUUUGGAUAAAAGAAUCACUAUGGAUUUAGAAGGCCGAUUAUAUAUAACAAAUGUUAAAAUGGAGGACUAUCAAGGCGGCAAACCUUAUGUGUGCAUGGCCCAAAAUCUGAAAAUGAGGAAGAAUUCGUUCUCACAUGGAUACAUUAUCGCACCUAGCAGUAAUAGUGGGACGAGCGAUAACGUAGCUCCACAGUUAUUAUGGUCGACACCCAACGAACUCUUCGGAGUUAUUGGACAAGAACUGAGAAUCAAGUGCAUAUUUGGAGGAAAUCCAACACCUGCAGUCCACUGGGAAAAUAAAACAGGUUCAAUACCAGACAACCGUAGAACGCUGUCACUUGGUGGACAACAGCUAUAUAUCUCAAGCCUUCAGAUGAUUGAUAGAGGCAGUUAUACCUGUUACACAACAAGUGCCAUUGGACAGAGACAGCAGCGAAACAUAAACGUCAUUGUUAAAUCUAAGCCUUACUGGUUGGAGGACGGAAAACCGACGGAUAAAGAAAGAGGCGUAGGGGAAAAGGCUACGUUUAUAUGUAGAGCAGGCGGAGAUCCAACUCCAGACAUUCAGUGGUAUAUCAAUGGUGUAAAGUUCAAAGAUGCACAUCACGUGACUAUAAGAGAUGGCCGACUUAUCAAACGUGAUGACAAUAAUAUAACAGUAAUAGAUUUAAGACUUGGGGAUGCAAUGGUUCUACAAUGUAAUGCUUCUAAUACAUUUGGUUAUGUCUUUGCCGACUUCUAUCUCAACGUCUUAAAAGAGAGACCACAGUUCAUCAAACGACCAUUAAAGGAAUUAAAAGUGGCAGAGAAUACAGAUGUGCAUCUGACCUGUCAGACCAGUGGUAAACCUGAUCCAAUCAUAACAUGGUUCAGAGGGUCACAACAAAUAACUGGUGGGAGGUACCAGAUACAACCUAAUGGAGACUUACUUAUUCAGAAUGUUGUGCUGUCGGAUGCUGGAAAUUUUACGUGUGAAGCCCGGAAUAAUGAAGGAUGGGAUUCAGACUGGGGUGUGAUGAUUGUUAGAAGAUCAACAAGGAUAGAACAGCGUCCGAAAGACUUGGAAGUUUUCGCGGGAACAGAUGCAAAAUUUACCUGCUCUGGUACAACAGACUUCGAAGAAGUGAGCAAACUCCGAGUUUAUUGGAUGAAAGAUAGAAAAGAAAUUACACAAAGCAACCAGCGAAUGACAACUAAUGUACAAGAUAACUCUUUAACUAUAAGUGGUACUAUCAGUAGAGAUUCUGGAUUUUAUACCUGUGUUAUAACUAAUGAGUUAGAUAAGCAAGAGGCCUCUGCUAUUCUGACCGUUAAAGACAGACCAGAGCCACCAGUGGAUGUCCACAAAAAGUUCUGCAUAAAUAACACUGCUACAAUAACCUGGACGAAGGGUGGAUUCAACAAUGCUCCCAUUCAGUACUUUACUAUAGAGUAUAAUACUUCAGUUGAGACGGACAGAUGGGUAUUUGCAGCUACUGCUAAUCAAUCUGAUAAUACAAUAACAUUAAAACUACGACCGGGUGUUAGUUACAGCUUUCGCCUGUUGGCUACAAAUAAAAUUGGUAUAAGUAAUCCCAGCAAACACAGUGAGAUUUGUACUACGGAUACAUCAAAGCCGUACAAAAAUCCUGAAAACGUCAGAGGAGUCGGCGAUAAACCGGGAUAUCUUGUUAUCGAAUGGACGCCAAUGCCCCCUAUUGAUCACGGCGGCCGCAACUUUAGAUAUAUUUUAAAGAUUUCAAGGCGUGGGAAUGUCGUAGUAGAUGAAGUUAAAACAAUUACAAACUGGCGACAGAGCAGAUAUGAAUUCCUUUCCAAUGAUGUAUAUACACCAUAUAAUGUGACUUUACAGGCCGCAAACGAGCAUCAAAGUAGUUCCGUAUACUUAAAACCAAAUAUCAUUUAUUCGGGAGAAAGCAAACCUGGACCAAGUAUGAGAAUAGACAAUUUUGUAGUUGACAAUGCUGGACUAGCAGAAAAUGCUGCCACUUUUUAUUGGAGCUGGGACUUGAAUAAUGAUGCUCAGCUUCAUGGAAAAUUUAGAGGUUUCAAGAUUCAAUAUUGGGUAAAAGGUAUGAAAAGAGUAACCUUUAGAGAAGAUGAAGUUUUGGAAAAAGACAUGAAACCCCGUUAUGGGUCGGUGAAGAAAAGAUCAAUUGUUGAAUACACUUAUACCUUGAAAAACCUUUUACCACAUACUAUUAUGGAAGCUCAAAUGUGCUUGAUGAAUACAUAUUACGUCAGUGGACCAAGUCCGAUAGUGUCCUUUGUUACAAAUCGAGGAGUACCUGGACCAGUGGAAAAGUUGCAUCCUUUACUUAUAGCAAGUAAUUUCCUAGAGCUGACAUGGGAACAACCCGAGCUUCUGAAUUCACCAAUCGCAGAUCUUACAGAUGGCUAUUUAAAAGGAUAUGAUGUAGGAUUUCAGACAGUCAAAGGACUAGAAUUGGGACAAAUGCAAGAAAUGGAUCCACAAAUAAUAGAUCCACGUAUCACAAAAUGUGUAUUAAAUGGACUGACAUCUAACCAGAAAUAUAGAGUUUAUAUGUGGGCAAGAACAGAAAAUGGCCGUGGAGAAUCGUCCUUCAUUGAAAUAACGACCGCAAAGAGCUCAGCAAUGGAUGUACCAUCAUUCUCCAUCAGAAAUGUUAAUUCAACAUUCUUCAACCUUACAUGGACUAUGGUAAUGAGUAAGAAAUAUGGCACUGUUGCUUUUGCAGAAUACCGUAUAAAAGGUACAUCUGAUUGGCAACUGUCUGCACAGCAGUUUUCAAAAAGCUGGAUAGGUGUCAACAAACUGCAACAUGGAACAUCUUACGAAGUUCGUCUGGCUGUCACUAAUGGCGGGAAAACAUCAAAGGGAAAUAUUGAAGUUAUUAAGACUACUGGGAUUUCUGUUGCUUACAGUUUAGGAAAUAAUUUUGCCUGGUUCAUUGGACUUAUCUUGUCUGUUAUUAUUCUCAUCGCUAUAUCGGUUUAUAUUGUGCUGAUGUAUAAACAACAUCCUGAACCUAAACGAAAACAAUAUACAGCUCCUCCAAGGAGGCGAGUUCAAUACGAAACUACUGGAAGUGAGAGUAGACAAGGCAUUGUCCAUAAGAGUUCAGGUUCAUUGAACAAGGGAUACGACAAUUAUACUUACAGUGACAGAGAAUACCCGGAUGACAGACGCCAUGAUGGUGCUUAUGAAAAGGAUUACAACAGAGGAUAUCGAGACGACGAUGAAAGAUAUGAAGAUGACAAUAAAGAUAACUACUACAGUGAGGAAAAAGGGAGGUAUGAUGAUGAUGGGUACGCAAGACGUCAACCACCAUACGAUGAAAAGUACCAUGAUAGGAACGAUGACAGAUACGAUGAAAGAUACGACGAUAGGAGCGAUGAUCGAUAUGACGAUAGGCGCGAUGAUCGAUAUGACGAUAAGCGCGAUGAUCGAUACGACGAUAGGCGCGAUGACAGAUACGAUGAUAGGUACGACGAUCAGUAUGAUAGAAGAGAUAGUUAUAAUGAUGACAGAAGAUAUUCCGAUACCGACAAAGGAAGAAAUCAAGACUUCAAUAGGCAUGGCGAUAGGUCCAAUGAUGAUAAUAGGCGACACAGUGAUCGCAGCGAUGAGGGGCAGUAUGCUGAAGAUGAAUCGUAUAAGCCAUACUCGAGACGAAAUGAUUAUGACCGAACACCAAGCUAUGAAAAACGACAGUCAAGUUUUACUGAAGAUGUCGAUCUCAGAGAACCGGCUAAAUUUGAUGCUGAUGGCUACCCAAUUGAUGAUAAACCUUCAAAAUCACCUGCAAAAUCUAGCUUUGUGUAAAUUUACAAAAGCAUUACGAUGAUCAUUACUGAGUGUACAUAGAUAUUGGUAUGACAUUAAGAAAAAUGCAUUCAAUUUUGUAUCAAAAAUAUCAUUUUGAACACAGACAAUAAAGAUACUUCUAAGAAACUUCAAAAAGUAUAAACUCAUUGUAAAUAAUCAUGCAAAAACUAUUUUUGUUUAGUCGAAUAAUUUUCAUUUUACUGAAUGUACAUGUCUAUAUCAAUGAAAUAACCCUACUAUGUUUUAUUAUGUGCUUUUAUUUUAUAA